AUGGAUUACGAAAUGCCUGUUGGUUUGGGCAAACUUCUGAGUGACUUCACGGUUGCGGUUUUAAGAGACCGCCGUAGAGGAAACCUUUACGAUUUCGCAGUUAGCUAUUUCACAAAGGCUCGCGAUAUGAGACAGCCGAAAAAGGUGCCGAUGUAUAUCAUUGUAGACGACGAAGAAGCCGGGGAACCGGACCCCGAUCGCGUGAAACUAAAGACCCAGAAGACCAACCGGUACGCUCGGCGCACGUCGGUGUCCGGAGAGCGCUACGACCCUGAGGCUGACGAUGACGACGACGACGUGAAGAUCGUCAAUCCUAAAUCAGAUGUUCAGAAACGCCGUCUUGCCGACGCCAUUGGAGGGAUUUUGUUGUUUCGCUCUCUGGAGUCUGAUCAAGUGAACGAUGUUAUAAACGCCAUGUUCGAAAAACGCGUGCAGUCAGAUGAAAUUGUAAUGAAACAAGGAGACAACGGAGAAAACGUCUACGUGGUUGAUUCUGGAACUUACGUUGUCAGCAUCAAUGUGAGUGGAAAAACAAAGGUCAUUCAUACGUUUGUAAACAGCGGAUGUUUCGGUGAACUGGCGUUGAUGUACAACAUGCCUCGGUCUGCAACCAUCACAGCCGUCGAUUCAGGGCUCCUCUGGGCAAUGGACAGGCAUUCGUUUAGACGAAUAGUCUUAAAAGCUGCUUUUAAAAAGCGGAAAAUGUAUGAAAGUUUUCUGGAACAAGUUCCGAUACUCAAAUCUUUAGACCGAUAUGAACGAAUGAAUUUGGCAGAUGCACUGGUGACCAGACAUUUUGCUGAUUCCGAAGUGAUCAUUAAACAAAAUGAUGAAGCAGACGGCGUGUAUUUUGUGGAGCAAGGGACCGUCCAAAUUAGUAUCACCAGACGAAAUGGCAACACUGAACCAAUAGGGACAUUGAAAACAGGAAAGUAUUUCGGAGAAUUGGCUUUAAUUACGAAGAAACGGAGGUCGGCGAACGUGAAUGCUCUAGGCGAUGUUAAAGUUGCCUUUCUUGGAAGGGAAUCAUUUGAACGUAUUCUUGGAUGUUGCGUGGACAUUAUGAAACGUAACACAGAUGUGUAUAAAAUGUUCGCACCAAAGUAA